CCUUGUUUACAUGGUUGUCUGUCUGUUUCCGCCCACGCGUCCAACGUCAAUAGCGCUACCCAGUCAGUCCUUUUUUUUUCUCUCCUGAGUCGACCGUGUACAGAUAGGUCUCGGUCUUCCGCCACCUCCUUCACUCCCCUCUCCCCUCUCUCGCUCUCUCUUUCUCCAUCCUCUGGAACAACAAUAAACCUCCCUGCUCGACGAGAUGAUUCGUUCAUCCGU